GCGCCCAGGGCGCAGGGCAAGUGCCUCCCGGGCCCCGCCGGCUGGCCGCUCGUGGGCAACGCGCUGCAGCUGGGCCGCCUGCCGCACCUCGCCUUCUGCGCGCUGGCGCGGCGCUACGGCGACGUCUUCCAGCUGCGCCUGGGCAUGCGCGCCGUCGUGGUGCUGAACGGCGAGGCGGCCAUCCGGCAGGCGCUGGUGCAGCAGGGGUCGCCCUUCGCCGGCCGGCCCGACUUCCCCUCGUUCCACCUGGUCUCCGGGGGCAAGAGCAUGGCCUUCGGCAGCUACACGCCGCGCUGGCGGGCCCAGCGGCGGGUGGCGCACGCCACGCUGCGCGCCUUCUCGACGGCCAACACGCCCAGCAAGCGGCUCCUCGAGCAGCACGUGGCGGCCGAGGCGCAGGAGCUCAUCGACGGGCUGGUGCGGCUGAGCGCGGGCGGAGGCUACGCCAACCCGGCGCCGCUCUUCACCGUGGCCAACGCCAACGUGAUGUGCGCCCUCUGCUUCGGGCAGCGCUACAGCCACGGCGACGGCGAGUUCCGCGCGCUGCUCGGCCGCAACGACCGCUUCGGGCAGACGGUGGCGGCGGGCAGCUUGGUCGACGUGCUGCCCUGGCUGCAGGCCUUCCCCAACCCCGUGCGCAGCGUCUUCCGCGACUUCCAGGCCCUCAACCGGGAGCUGCACGACUUCGUGCGCGCCAAGGUGGCGCAGCACCGGCUCUCCUUCCGGCCCGGGGCGCCCCCGCGCCAUAUCAGCGACGCCAUGCUGGACUGCAUGGAGCACGGGCCCGGGGCGCAGCAGGGCCUGGCGGGCGGCUACGUCGAGGGCACGCUGUCCGACCUCUUCGGCGCCGGCCAGGACACCACCUCCACGGGCCUGACCUGGGCGCUGCUGCUGCUGCUGAAGCACCCGCUGCUCCGGCAGCAGCUGCAGGCCGACCUGGACCGGGUGGUGGGGCGCGAGCGGCUGCCCACGGCCGACGACCGCGCCGCGCUGCCUCGCCUGGAAGCCUUCCUCUACGAGACGCUCCGCUACAGCAGCUUCGUGCCCGUCACCAUCCCGCACGCCACCACCGCCGACGUGCUGCUCGACGGCUUCCGCAUCCCCGAGGGCACCGUGGUCUUCGUCAACCAGUGGUCCGUCAACCACGACCCGCUCCGCUGGAAAGACCCGCACGUCUUCGACCCCGCGCGCUUUCUGGACGCCGGGCAGGAGACCCUCGACCGGGACCUCGCCUGCCGGGUCAUGAUCUUCUCGCUGGGCAAGAGGCGCUGCAUCGGAGACCAGCUGGCCAAGCUGCAGCUCUUCCUCUUCACCGCCACCCUGCUGCACCAGUGCGACCUGGAGGCCAACCCCGCCGAGGCGCUCACCAUGGACUGCGAGCACGGGCUGGUUCUCAAGCCCCGGCCCUUCACCGUGGCGGUAGCAAGGCGAGGCGCGCCCCAGAGCGGGGGGACAGAGACAGCCGAGGUGGAGCCGCCGCCGCCGCCGCCGCCGCCGCCUGUGCUUCUUAGCUAG